UUACAAUAUGAGAAAGAAAAAUGCAAUUAGAUUGUGUGACGUUUGCGGUGACCAGGCUAUUGGCAGACACUUCGGGGCCCUGACCUGCAAAUCAUGUAAACCAUUCUUCAGGAGGAAUGCUCUUAAAGAAAAUACGUUAAAAUGCAAAUCAAAUGGCAAUUGUGUUGUGAAUCGAGAAACUAGAAAGUCGUGUCGAAAAUGUAGAUUAGAUAAAUGCCUGGCGGUUGGCAUGAAUAAGAAUAAUAUACAAAACGAAACGGAAAAACAAAUUCGCAAACAAAUGAUUGAAACAAACAAAUUAAAGAAAGACAACCAAAAUGUGAUACACAAUGAAUGCCAAACAAACACAUGUUUAAUGCCAUACAAACCCAUUGAUAAUCGCGAAGAAAGUAGCGAUCAAUUAAGUGAUCAAUUAAGCGAUGAAUCCGACAAUUUAUACCAACAAAUGUGUGUCAAUAAACGCAAACCCAAAGACUUAUUGACACAAGUGUUAGAAAUAAAUGAGAUUAUCGACGAAGAGAUCGGUUCAGAGAUUAUCACAACUAAAACAUAUUUAGUAAACAAUGAGAGGACAGAGGGUUGGCGUCAAAAAGUAGUAAAUUUGAUGGACAUGUCGACCAAACCCGUGGCCAUCAAUAAUGUGUUUACGCAUUUGGAAAGCAUUAACCUUCUGGAAGUGAUCAGUAGUUGCAAAGUAUACCAAAACUUUAUGCUAACCCCAUUUAAUAUCAAAAAUCGGGGACAUGUAUGCAAUUUUGCGCUCAUGUACUCAAUUAUGGACUCGUUUUACACCCGAGAGAUCCAGAAUGUGAUUACUUUGUCUAAGAAGUUGUCCACAUUUCAAGACCUGUGCGAAGACGAUAAGAUAGCGCUCAUUAAGUACGGCUUCUCCGAUAUCCUAUGCCUCCGGUCUGUCGCCUAUUAUGAUCGGCCCAAUGAGUUCUGGACUUUAAUUAUGGAUAAUGGUAACUCGUUUAUAGUGAAGUUGGACAUUUUGAAAUCAAUGCGAACCGAACUGUACAACACUUAUAAAACUAAUUUACAUAAUGUUUGCGGCGAAUGGGAUUCAGACCCCGUUAUAUUAGAUAUGUUGACAGCUAUAGCGCUAUUUAACCCAACCCGACCCAAUCUUAUUAAACGGGAUGUCAUUAAAUUACAACAAAACAUAUACCUCUAUUUACUUCAACGCUAUCUGGUAUAUAAAUACGGGGGUGAAAGUGGGGGUAAAAUAAAGUUUUUACGGCUAUUGAAUACAUUGGAAGACAUCUACACUAUGGGUCAGAUCCAGCUUAAGAACAACUCCGAUGAAAAUGCCAAUAACUUCAGUCCACUCGUCAGAGAGAUGUAUGACAUGAAACCCAAAUAGUGAUAAAGUUGUGCUCAUGUUUUCAUUUGAUUUAGUUUUAGUAUAAAA